AUGUCAGUGGGUGUCUGCACCCAUGCAAUGCAUGCUUGCACAGCUCUGAAUCAGGGUCAGUCGGGCAGAAUGGUUCUCCUCCGCGCUCCCCGCGUCCUCUCCCUUCAAGCGCCCGGGCUCCUCAUUCUCCUCGCCGUCUCUCGCCAUCGCGUCCAGCUGUGGCCCUCACAGGGCGCGCUCGCUGGCUCUCACCUGACAGGUCCCUGGCCUCAGGACGACAGCCAGCACCAACACGUUCCCUACAUGAGGGACAAAGCCACGCAGACCCCCAGGGCCUGGGCAGAUGAGAGGAGGAGGGGCUCUCACAAACGCUCGGCCUCCUGUGGGAGCACCGACCAGCUCAAGGAGAUUGCCAAAUUGCGUCAGCAGCUUCAGCGCAGCAAACGCAGCAGCCGCCAUCGGAGGGAUAAAGACCGCAAGUCCCCCUUCAAUGGCAGCCACACCAUCAUCCAGUCGCAGUCACCUAUGCCCAAGACCAUCCUGAUACCCAUCCCUAUCGCCAAGUCAUCCGCCCCUCGUUUCCGAAACAGCGUCGAGGGUUUGAACCAGGAGAUUGAACGUAUCACCAUCCAGGACACUCCUGAGAAGGAAGAGAUCAUUGUUCCACAGGAUGUCCCAGAUGGGCACCGCGCGCCCCCACCCGUCCCCCCGCAGCGCAGCAGCAGCACCCGCAGCAUCGACACGCAGACUCCCUCCGGGGGCGGCCUGAGCGGUAACCACAGCAACUGCAGCAGCCGCCCCGACUCCAUCUCGCCCUCCUACCUCACUGUCCUCAACGACAUGGGAGGAGGCAGCCCCUACGAGGACAAAGAGCUGGGCCCCUGCUCCCCGCUGCCCAAAUAUGCCGCUUCUCCCAGACCCAACAACAGCUACAUGUUCAAGAGGGAACCUCCAGAGGGCUGUGAGAGGGUCAAAGUGUUCGAGGAGUGCAUGCCCAAACCUCUGCAGGAGAUCCCCCCCUUCCUUUGCCCCGACCGCAACAAGGUCAACUUCAUCCCCAACAGCGGCUCUGCCUUCUGCCUCGUCAGCAUCCUCAAGCCCUUACUCCCCGCCCCGGACCUCAACUUCCGCCCCGGGGUGGGCCUCCGAAGCCUGUCCCCAUCCCUGGUGCCUCUCUCCACCCAGCCCUGCCUCCUGGAGGAGCCCGAGAGCUUCUGAAGACCCCCCCCCCCCUUCCCGUCCCCCACCACAGGAUCCGAAAACACUGGAAUCAACCCUUCUGCUCCAAAACAAAUGCCUUCAGCAUGCCAGCUAAGCUCUCUCUGAUGUCCUUUCUCUCGUUGAAAAAGCGCUUCCCACUGCCUCUCCUCCUCAGACGACUACAACGUGAGAGUCCUGCGGCGCCUCGCUCCUGCGGGUGUUUGCAGCUAACAUUUCAUCGCUUUCUUCUACCUUUAGUGCUGGUUAUGUUCCUGUUUUUGGGAGGAAAAGGGUGAAAAAAGACAGACUCUUUGAUUUCAUCGUAUUAUAUACCAUGGCGCCUUUCCACGGACAUAUCUCUUUUUCUAUCUGUAGUUAUUUCUCUUGAUAUAAAAUAUGCCUUCCUUUCGGAAAAAAAAGGCCGCUGGUUUUUCUUUGGCGACCAAGAGUUCGACCACAGAGGCUAAUAUUGGUGCUGCCAGAUUUAUCGUAGCAAAACUUGAACGGUCGUGACAAGGAGGAGUUAAAAAAUGUGCCUGAUACUUUAGACCGCUCAGUUUCGCUAAACCAGCGUAGUGCAGACAUCAUGUUUGUUUCUCUACACAUGAUCUCUGCACUACAGUGGCUGUAGAUAGACACAGAAAGGCAGGAGGACCAGACAUCUGUUUGUAAAAUUUCUCUAAUUUGGUACAAAAUGAUGCCUUUCACACCAAAUAGUAGCAGUGAGCUGACCCCCUGCCCGUCAGUGUUUAUCUACGGGAAACACAGGCCAGGGCUAAGAUGUGUGCAGCGUGUUCAACCUGUGUCUGCUUGCCCCUCCUUCCCAAGCGCCAGCCUUUUUUUAAUAGCUCCCUUUUUACACCACUUCCAUCACAGCCACCCUUACCUUCUGUUCCUCCUUUUUUCCACCUCUUUAUCUCCU